AUGCGAGUUUUGUUUUGGUUUUCUAACUUUGUUUAUAAUUGGUUCUCCGCAAAAUUUUCAGUAACCAGUGACUGACAUUAAUUAACCAAGCUCUUGAUAAUAAUGUUAUAAAAUUACCAUCUAAAUAAUUAAUAAGAUUCAUCUGGCAAGAUGUACUACGAUGAGAAUAUCACCGACGUACGGCUACCUGCCAGUUUGUUUUCUGCACCUGCGAUGGAGAUUUCUUGCGCGAGUAUCAGCGUUGUUUCGGGCCUACCGUUGAGUGAGAAUUGUGGAGGAACCUGCCAGCGACGUGCCUUUACCAGCAGCGUACGAUGAUAGUAUGGCCUUGGCGCUGAAAGCUUGUAGAACGGGGAACCUGUCACAGUACGCUGCAGCGAAAAAGUACAAGGUUCCUUACUCUUCGUUCUGGAAUAAACUGAAGGGCGUGCGUACGGAAAAGAAAGGCGCACAUAUGAGAAAAUUUUCGGAAGCCGAAGAAAACUACAUCGAAAAUCUGCUGCUGAAAUGUGCGGAGAACGGCAUCCCUCUGGAUAAAAGAUUUUUAAAGCGGAUUGUGCCGUUACUGACCAAAUAUAAAGAUGUGCCCAAAAAUCGAAAGAUGUUUUCGUCAUACUGGCAUCGCGAAUUUCUUAAAAGGCACCCGAAAAUUGCUCAGCGAAUUUCACACAGCGUUUCCCGAAAAAAGGCUAAAGAGUGGACCGUGGAGAAUCGGGAGGGUUAGAUACAACGAUUGAGUGAGCUUA